AUGCUGCGCUCCUGUUCGCAGAAUGGGCAACGGGUAGUGGGGCUAUCCGCUGGAUAUGGCUCUGGCGUGAACGGGUUGUCAUGCCAUGUACGGUUUACUCAUGGCCCUCCGCCCUGGCGGCCAGCUUAUUCCCUAGACCAAUGGGUUGCAAGGGAAGCUCGACCUAUAAGCCUCAGACAGCUCAUGGUGUUUGGUCGAACCUUGACUGAGUCACGACUAAUAAGCUCUGCCAAUUAUGUCCGAACAGAGCUGCCCGCCCGGCUGGCCCAUCGAAUUCGAGAUAUGCAAACGCUGCCCUACGUCGUUGUCACGAACCCGCAUAUCAGCCAAGUAUAUGAACUAUACCUCAAGGCAUUUGAGAGUCUGCGACGUGUACCAGAGAUCAAAACAUUGGAAGAUAAUGCGGAAUUUUGCGAGAAGAUUGGUGAGAAGUUGCAAGAGCAUCUGACUGUGAUCCCAAAGUUGGCAAUGGGUGUGCUGGAGUGUAGAGAUCUUAUGAAGCCAGAAGAUAUGGACAAAUUUAUGAACACCGUCUUACGUUCCCGGAUAUCUCGCCGCGUAAUAGCAGAGCAGCAUAUCGCCCUCACAGAAACGUUCCACCACCCACGCCACCCCCCUGAUGCCCAGCCCCGAGACAGCGAAUUCGUUGGCGAAGUCCUGGUCAAAUGCAAUGCUAAAGAAGUCGUAACACGCUGCGGUCAUGAAGUAGCGGCUCUUGCAUCCGCCGCGUACGGAUCAUCCACUUUAUUACCCGAAAUCAAACUAUCUGGCCAUUUACAUGCCACAUUCCCUUAUAUACUGAGCCAUCUUGAGUAUAUAAUUGGAGAGCUAUUAAGAAAUUCCAUUCAAGCUAUCGUGGAAAGACAGAGGGCCAAACCAAUCCAAACAGAACGACCACCGCCCAUAGAAGUCACCAUCUGCGAGGCUCCACAGCAUGUCAUUAUUCGAGUCUCUGACCAAGGCGGUGGUAUCCCGAGGGAUAUCUUGCCACAUAUAUGGUCAUUCAGCAAGGGACCACGCAGCCGUGAACUCCUGGAAAACUUAAACCAGGUCCCAAAAAUCGCUGCCACAUUUCAAGAGCUGCGAGUAGAGGAUCAACAGCUACCCGAGGCGACUGAAGCCACCCCCCACGCUUCACCAUAUUUGGGAAUUGGAGCCAAAACCCACGCGGCCACAGAGAAGCUGGCCAGUCUAUCUUCCCACCAAGGCCCCGGAACGGUACGGGAGAGUUCCUUAGCCACAUUGACCAGUCGACCACCAAAUCUAAGACUUGGAAUGGGCUUGCCCUUGAGCAGAGUAUACGCAGAAUAUUGGGCUGGUAGUUUGGAGUUACAUAGUCUUGAAGGAUACGGAGUCGAUGCAUUUUUGCAAAUCAGUAAAUUGGGCAAUAGGAACGAGCAAUUAACCAUGCGGGCCAGCAUGGAUGCUGUUUGA